UCGCUGUUCCGCGGACAUGCAGCCGCCGCCCACCCGGGCCUGGCCCUGGAAGGGCAUCUCCCCGAGUCAUGAGCUUCGAGUGGAUCUCAGCGCCGAUUGGGUGCGGGCCGUAUAAGAAUGCGGGGCAGAAUGGUGACAACCACAUAGAACGCCUGGUCUGCGACCGCCUCUCCUCUGCCUCUCAGACCUUUGCUGCCAUCUUGACCCGCGAUGGACACUCCCCGGUCCGAGAUCACGCAUGUCGAGGUGUCCGACGACGAAAAGGCGUUCAAGUACGCCGAGGCGCGCUCCGCUGCGCCAUCGGUGUACGAAAAGGGCGUUGCCGCAAUCGAAGAGGUCGACCUACCCCCGGACGGUGGCCGCGGGUGGCUCGUCAUCUUCGGUUGUGUGAUUUUCUCCGCCGCGACGGUUGGAUGGGGGUAUGUGCUGGUCUGGGGCGUCACGGAAGAGUACUUCAAGGAGAACGUAUUCCCUGACGCAUCCGACUCCGUGCUGAGCACGCUGGGGAGCAUGUCUGGCAUGUUCAUGACCCUGCUGAGCGUCAUCCCGGGAAAAUUGGCAGACCGCUACGGCUACAAGCCCUUCCUCGCUGCCGGCGGGAUCCUGUGGACGCUGAGCAUGAUUCUGUGCGUGUUCGCCACGCAGUUGUGGCAUUUCUUCGUGAUCAUGGGCAUCAUCCAAGGCUUUGCAAACGCGCUGGUCUAUCCUCUCAUUGUCGCCCUUCCGGCGCAAUGGUUCCUUAGAUUCCGCGGGCUCACCACUGGCAUCGUCGUUGCCGGCAGUUCUCUCGGCGGCGCUGUCUCCUCCCUGCUAUUCCGACAACUGCUCACCGCAUUCGGGCUCAAAAAGUCGUUCGCGAUCUACACCGCACUCGAUGGCGCGCUCCUCUUUGCAGCGUGGUUCAUGAUUUCAGAACGUCGGAGGCCGACGGAGCGGAAGACGAUCGUCUGGAUCGACCGCUCGUUCUUCAGCGACCCCGUGUUCUGGAGUCUCGGCGCGUGCUUCUUCUUCACGGUCUUCGGAUAUCUCUCCCCCAUCUUCCUCCUCCCGACGUUUGCCAAGGCCAAGAUUCCCGAUCUCUCGGACACGCUCUCUGCACUCCCAGUGACGGUGCUCAACUUCUCCGCGGCGAUGGGACGCACACUGAUCGGCUUCCUCGCGGACCGCGUUGGCCCCGUCAAUGCGAUGUGGACGGUGAUCAUGCUCUCCGGGCUCACGCAGCUGCUUGUCUGGACGUUUGUCUCGACCUAUGCCGGCAUUCUGGCGUUCGCGAUCUUAUACGGCUUCGUGUGCGGUUGCUUCCUCUCGCUCUCGCCAGCCGUCGCUGCGCAACUCUGGGGUUCCGGCAGGCUCGCCGGCCUCUCCGGACUCAUGUUGCUCUUUAACCUUCCCGGAAACUCUGCGGGCGCGCCCCUGGGAGGUGCCAUCCUCAGUGGGACGGGCGGGAACUGGACCGCGGUCUCAUGUUAUUCCGGCGGCCUGCAGAUUAUUGGCGCUACGGUGCUGCUUUACGCGCGCUUGAAGCGACAGCCCAAGAUCCUCGCCGUGUACUGAUGCUCUCUGAUUUUCACUCCACACGCGAAGACACCUCUCAGCACGACUUUCCUUUCAUUCCACGACCUUUGACGCGCCAAAACGCUACGACUCCUCGGAUACGCGACAUUAGAUGCGCUCGGCUGGGCGCUUAGUAUAUGUAUCCAACCCUCUCGAGAACACCGACCUCUGCAUCGACCGCACUAGAUAGAAUGGGUGGCUCAGGAAACCACUCGUUGCGACUCGGAUACUUGUGACACGUCUUCCACAUUCCCCAUUGUAGAUCAUCCGCACGAAUAGAACUUUACC